AUGAAAGGAUGGUGUGAUGCCCUGACGGUGGUGGUGGAGGACCUGAGGCUGUGUUCAGUCAAACCUUGCGAGGACGGAGAGAGGAGGUUCUGCUUCGAGGUGGUGUCCCCCACUAAGAGCUGUAUGCUCCAGGCAGAGUCAGAGAAGUUACGGCAGGCCUGGAUCCAGGCUGUACAGGCCUCCAUCGCCUCUGCAUACAGAGAGAUAUCAGACAACUACUACAUCGAGCGUCUGGACCGGACAGCAUCCCCCUCUACCAGCAGUAUAGACUCAGCUAGCGAGCCCCGAGGGGGGAGAGGGGGUGAGGGCAGGGGGGAGAGCAUCCUCCACCGGGUGCAGACCCUGCCUGGUAAUGAGCUGUGUUGUGACUGCUCCCAGGCUGCACCAUGCUGGGCCUCCAUCAACCUGGGAGUCCUGCUCUGCAUCGAGUGCUCUGGCAUACACAGGAGUCUGGGAGUUCACUGCUCCAAGGUGCGUUCACUAACACUGGACUCCUGGGAACCAGAGCUACUCAAGUUGAUGUGUGAGCUGGGUAACAAUGUGAUUAACCGCAUCUAUGAGGGAGCCUGUGAGGAACUGGGAGUGAAGAAACCUGGACCUUCCAGUCCUAGACAAGAGAAGGAGGCGUGGAUUAAGGCUAAAUAUGUGGAGAGGCGUUUCCUGAAGAAGAUGAGCGUCAGUGACUCAUUAGUGGAAGGCGAGAGGAAGUCCCGCCCCUGGAGCGUGAAGAAGUGCCAUCGCCACAACAGCUCCAGGCGAGGAGCGCCCAAAACCCGCCGGAAAUACCGACACGACCCCGGUUUGAUUUCACCGGGAAACCUCUCCGCAGCGGCAGCAAAGCUCCGUCGUGACUCUCUGUUUUGUCCUGAUGAGAUGGACAACCUCUUCUCCUACUUCGACACCGGCAACGGCACCCGCAGCCCUGCAGGUCUGAGCAGCGACAGUGGGCUGGGAGGCAGUACAGACGGGAGCACAGACAUCCUGGUGUUUGGCUCAGUGGUGGACAGUGUCACCGAGGAGGAGUGUGAGGGUGAGUCAGAAGAGGAGGAGUCUAGUGGCGAGGUGGAGAUAGAGCAGGAGGCGGGAUCAGACCCUGAGGAGCCCCUCUCCCCGGGGGCGUUGCUCUACCGGUCGUCACGGCUACACAACCUGCCACUCAUGGCCGAGGCGCUGGCGCACGGGGCAGACGUCCACUCUGCCAGCGAUGAGGAGGGAAAGACCCCGCUCAUACAGGCCGUGACAGGGGGCUCUCUAAUAGCGUGUGAGUUCCUGCUGCAGAAUGGGGCUGAUGUGAACCAGAGGGACAUGAAGGGGAGAGGACCCCUACACCACGCUACCUACCUGGGACAUACAGGUCAGGUGUGUCUGUUCCUGAAGAGAGGGGCUUGUCAGACGGAGGUGGAUGAGGAAGGUCACGACCCUCUGAGCAUGGCUGUCCAGGCCGCUAACGCCGAUAUUGUUACACUGUUGCGGUUAGCACGGAUGAACGAGGAGAUGCGCGAGGCGGAGGGUCCGUUUGGUCAGCCAGGUGACACAACAUAUCACAUCUUUCGGGAGUCCUCGCUCAUGGCGUCCCACAAGCCCGAGAAGCUAAAGAGGAGAAUGCACUUCAACAACUGCCAGACGUAGUCCAUGAUGACAUCAAAACAUACUUCAGCCACUGCCUGAGGUAGUC